UUGCUAGACCACGUGGUUCAAGGAGAAUCAUUCAGGAGGAAGUCCUCUGUUUGGAAGAAGGGGGAUGGAUAGCUUCUUCAGCUAGCUUGGAUUUUUAAUUGCAUACAAUUUAAUCUAAUAAGCAUUUUCAAAAAAUAUGAACAGCGUAGGAGAAGGAUGCACUGAUCUUAAACGUGAAUAUGACCAGUGUUUUAAUCGCUGGUUUGCAGAAAAGUUUUUGAAAGGCGAUCGGAGUAGUGAUCCAUGUACCGAGAUGUUCAAGAAAUAUCAGUCGUGCGUUCAGAAAGCCAUCAAAGAAAAGGACAUCCCAAUUGAUGGCGUAGAAUUCAUGGAACAGGAGAAAGAGAAGCCUGAUAGCUGAAAAAAAUACCCCCGAACUGCUUCCAUUCUCCUGGAUAGCCCUCUGACAUCCCAGAAGGACUUCGAAAGUCAACCGAGACCCAUCAGUGGAGUCGGGAAGAGGGCCACACAUGUCGCACCAGGCGGACACUCGGGAGUAUGACAUGAUAUGCCCUUGUGGCACUAUGAAGUAAACAGUACUGUGACAACACCGCCGGCAACCGCACAGAAAGGACAAAAAGCCUCACACUUCAGAGUUGGAUUUCCCUGAGUUACGCCCCUGCGCGUGCAUGAUUUCUUUGCAGUCGAAGGACACCAGUCCAGUUUGUCUUGCGGCUGGCCUAAGUUAAAAUAAUUACACUGUAUUUGCAACUUGGAAAAAACACUGCAGCAGUCAAUGUCAUCUGUAUGGAGACGGGGUAGAAAUCUCAUUUAACUGCGGACAACCCUCACCUACAUGAACAUCCUUGCCGUUGUGCAUACUACUUUUUCAUUUUAACUGGUAACUCUUGAGAUAUAUCACAAAAGUGCUACGUAUUUUUGUUGUUUAUCGCAUUUGUUUAUGCAAAUAUGGAUAUGUUUUACUGUUGAUGUUUUACACUGAAGAAUAAUGUGCAUGGUUUCUGCUGCGAAACACAAUAAAAUGUGUGCUAGUAUUGCCCAA